AUGCCGAGACAAGUACUUCAAAGUCCAUUUCAUCCACAACAUAUUCUUUUCCCUCGACCGAUCCCUAAGGGUCCUUCUUAUACAUGCAGUGCUUGUAAGGAGGAAGUUAAAGGUAUCGGCUUCUACUGUAAUCAAUGUGAUGUUACCGUGCACGUUUCAUGUGCUAAGUACCAAACUCGGGCUAUAAAGCACGAUUGCCAUCCUCACCAACUUCUACAUUUGGGGAAGAGCAUUCUCAGUAAGAUAUCUUGUAAUGCUUGUCAUCAAGAUUGCGAUGAUUCCUUUUUCGGUUGCAUAAAGUGUGAUUUCUAUAUACAUGUUGAGUGCAUUCCACUACCGCCUAGUGUUGAACACCGUCGUCACUUGCAUCCACUUGUGCUUAAAAAUUCAUUUGUUGAAGAUGAUUCGGAAGAUUAUUAUUGUGAUAUGUGCGAGACAGAAAGGAAUCCGGAACAUGAUAUUUAUUUUUGUGAAGAAUGCGCUUAUAUUGCACAUAUUGAUUGUGUCCAUCCCGAGGUUAAACCUACAGAAGAAAUGUUUUUGGAUCAACGAACAAAAAAGAACUCUGACAAAGCAGAGAUUAUUGACAAAAUGAUGGAAUUAGAAGAGAUAUUGGUGCACAAUGGAAAGGAAAUACAAAAGAAUGCUUUUCAUCCUCACCCACUGGCACUUAAUGAUAAUGAUCCAGAGACUAUAUUUGUAUGUAACGGAUGUGGAGAACUGUGCCGCGGUUUAUCUUACAACUGUAACCUAUGUUUGUUUAGCCUUGAGAGCAAAUGCGCUGCUUUAAAUGAUGAUCUUGCUAAACAUAAGGCCCUUAAAGGGAGGGAAAUUCAAACUACAAUCUAUCAUUUCGGCCACAAUCAUCAGCUAACUCGUUGCAAGAUUAAUAGAUUGCAAACUGAGUUUCAUCUGUCUUGCAUGGCAUGCAGACAAGACCUAUAUGGUCUAGUUUAUACUUGCCCUGGUUGUGCAUUCUUUUUACAUGAAUCCUGUCUUAAGGACAUGCUGAGGGAAGUUGAAAGCCCAUUGCACCCACAACAUCCUCUUCUCUUACAUCCACCCUUGUCUGGGUUAGAUUAUCCUCACUGCAAUUUUUGCAGGGAAAGAAAUGAUUGCAUCGCGUACAUUUGUUUUGGAUGCAAUUUUUUCUUGCACUAUUCAUGUGCUAAGUACCAAACUCGUAAGAUGAAGCACAAUUGCCAUAUUCACGAUCUUCUACAUUUGGGGAAAAGCAUUUUCGUUAAAACACCUCCCCAAUGUGCUACAUGUCAUACAGAUUGUAACGACACCUUGUUUGGCUGCAUAGAGUGUGAAUUCUACAUACAUCUUGAAUGUAUUUCACUGCCAUAUAUCGUCAAACAUAUGCGCCAUUUGCAUUCACUUACACUUACAAACUCUGUUGUGGAAAACAAUUCUGGAGAACAUUACUGUGAUAUAUGUGAAACAGAAAGGAAUCCAGAGCAUGAUGUUUAUUACUGCAAAGAAUGCACUUAUAUUGCGCAUAUUGAUUGUGUGAUUUCAGAGGUUGAACCUCCUGAAAAGAUAUUUGAAUAUCUGAAGAAGAGAAGGCUGACAAAGAGGGGAAGGAUAGAUGAAAGAUGCAGUGCUUGUAAGGAAGAAGUCAAGGGUAUCAGCUUCUACUGUAAUCAAUGUGAUGUUAACAUGCACGUUUCAUGUACUAAGUACCGAACUCGGGCUAUAAAGCACAAUUGCCAUCCUCACCAUCUUCUACAUUUGGGGAAGAGCAUUAUCAGUAAUAUAUCUUGUGAUGCUUGUUAUAAAGAUUGCGAUGAUUCUUUCUUCGGCUGCAUAAAGUGUGAUUUCUAUAUAGAUGUUGAGUAUGAUUCGGGAGAUUAUUACUGUGAUAUGUGCGAGACAGAAAGGAAUGCAGAACAUCAUGUUUAUUUUUGCAAAGAAUGCACUUAUAUUGCACCUAUUGAUUGUGUCCUUCCUGAGGUUGAACCUACAGAAGAAAUGUUUUCGAAUCAACGAACAGGAAGGAAUUUUGACAAAGCAGAGAUUGCUAACAAAAGGAUGGAAUUGGAGGGGAUAUUGGUGCACGAUGAAAAGGACAUGCUGAUAGAAGUUGAGAGUCCAUUUCACCCACAACAUCCUCUUCUCCCAUUUCCACUCAGGACUGUGAUGGAUAAUCCUACAUGCAAGGCUUGUCACGACAGAAUUGAUUGCAUCAUGUUCGGUUGUUAUGAAUGCAAUUUGUACAUGCACUAUUCAUGCGCUAAGUACCAAACUCGUAUGAUAAAGCACAAUUGCCAUGUUCACCAUCUUCUACAUUUGGGGAAAAGCAUUUUCGUUAAAAGAUCUCCUCCAUGUGCUGAAUGUCGCGCAGAUUGUAACAACACCUUUUUUGGCUGCAUGAAAUGUGAAUUCUACAUACAUCUUGAAUGUAUUCAGCUACCAUAUAUCAUCAAACAUAUGCGUCAUUUACAUCCACUCACACUUACAAACUCUGUUGUGGAAGACAAUUCUGGAAUAUACUAUUGUGAUAUAUGUGAAACAGAAAGAAAUCCAGAGCAUGAUGUUUAUUACUGCAAAGAAUGCACCUAUAUUGCGCAUAUUAAUUGUGUGAUUUCAGUGGUUGAACCGCCUGAAGAGAUAUCUAAAUAUUUGGUGCCUCGUCCAAGGAAAGAGAAAGAGAAGGCUGACAAAUUACGAGAGAUUCUCAAGCGGAAGAUGAGGUCUUGA